AUACUGUGUGACACACCUUUCUGAGGAGGAUUUUCAAGCACUGUACUUGUAGUGGAGAUUAACUUUGAGCAAAGAUUAAGCAAAUUAACCUUGAUGGUGUCUCCCGAAAUAAACUGUUGCUGUGCAGUUAGCUCAACAGCCGUCAUGAUGUAAGGCACGGAACAACAUUUCAUGGAUUCUUUCAAAACAGUUGGGAAUUUCAUGAUGCUGACUUAGCAAAUGGCGAUGAUGAAUCAGACAGGGCUUCGGAGGAUCCUCCCUGACCAAUUGUCAGGGAGUGGCCACACCUUUGGCACUCCUCGGCACCCAAGCAUCAAAGAUCCUAUUCUUUCAAAGCGGGUUUGCUUCUACAAAAGUGGAGAUCCUCAAUUUAAUGGUCUGCGUAUGGUCAUCAACAACCGUACCUUUAAAACCUUUGAUGCACUUCUUGACAGUCUCUCCAAAAAAGUACCCCUGCCAUUUGGGGUAAGGAACAUCACCACGCCUCGGGGUGUUCAUGCAAUCUAUACCUUGGAUGAACUGGAGGAUGGGAAGUCCUACAUCUGCUCUGACAGGCGUAAGGUAAAACCUAUCAAUCUGGCACUGGCCAGGAAGAAGCCGCCGCCCUGGUACCACGCCAGGCCUGUUAGUUCCCUCCGUCGAACCGUUCAACAGGCCAGGAAUUUCCCUGGCCGAACCAUCCACAGGCAGGAGCCAGUGAUUGUGCGAACACCAAAGAGGCUGCUGGUAUUUCGAAAUGGAGAUCCCACAUUAAACCACACUGUGGUGCUUCACAAGAGAACUACAGCCACCUUUGAGUCCAUUCUGGAAUAUAUCUCAGAUCUGAUGCAGUUCCAUGUGGUGAAACUACACACACCUGAUGGUAGACGUGUGGAUGGUCUUCCAGGCUUGAUACUGUGCUCUGGGACUGUAGUGGCUGCAGGCAGGGAGCCUUUCAAAUCUGUCAACUACACUGCACAGAAAUCUCCAGCUCAAACACACCUUACUACCAACCGAAUGGGUCUUAGGAGACUAAAGUCUUUAAACCGUAAAAACAAGUCCCUCUCAUAUAGCUCAAAGUCAAGGAAUUUCUCCCUAUCAUCUGAAAGGUACAUUGUGAAUCAGAUUCAUGACUCCAUUGCCAAAAGUUCAUGCGAUCGCCACCUACCCAGUAACCCCACAAACUCUGUUGAGUUGGGCCGCAUGCUGGAGUCAAUAGCAGGAUCAGAGGGUGACACCUGCCUUGGCGAUGGAGCUGAGGGGCAGGGCUGCCUACUGCCCUCUGAGGAUGACAUUGAGAAGUCUUUUCGGGUGAACCAGGAUGGCAGCAUGACGGUGGAGAUGAAGGUACGCCUAACACUUAAAGAAGAGGAAACCAUCCACUGGACGACUACUCUUACACGCUCAAGUGUAGGAAAUGAGCUCGAUGCGAGCUGUUUACCAGAUCCUGACAAAGAGCAGGAGAUCUGCUCAUCCAAACCAGACUCACUGGAUUUACAAAGUUCUGCAUCCACCACUGACACUAUCAACAAGGACAAAACAAAAGACAACAACGAUGAGGAUCCACCAUGCCCGAGGAAUGGCCUUUUCAGUGAGAGCAGGGAUGAAGAGGAUAAUAUCAAAGUACAGACAAACCUAGUGUCACCUAGGAGAACUCCUACACCAGGUUACAAGCAAAUUAGAAAAAAGUAUGCCUCUGUGGAGAGCAUCAAAUCCCUGACAGCGGAGGGUAUGCAGGAAGGUGUAGUUGGCUCUUAUUCCUACCAAGAACAGACAGAAAUUGGAGACAUGACAGAGCAGUACUGUGUGGUCAAACAGAGUACCAGUAGACCAGUACCCAAACCGAGAAUACUUGGCUCUGUGCAUAGCAACAACAUACAAAGCAGCAAUAUUUCCACAUUGAAAUCAGCUGGGAUGACUGAAAUACUACAGAUUGAAUCCAGUGGGGAAGAGGUCACUGAAACUGUCUUACAAAUGUAUGAACAGCAGACAUGCCAAGAUAAUUUCCUUGCAAACAUCUGUGCACAGGAUAUUUCAGCUUCUGGGAUUUCUUUAAGGAGGCCAGCAACUUCAGAAACUGGCCAGUUCUCCUCCAAAGGUGAGUUUCAACCUGCACACCUUGUACCUGAUCCCUGGAGACCUUCAACUGCAGAGUCCAUUGGUAUCUGGAGGACUGAGAACAUGUCAGCAACAUCUGAUUUAACUUUUCCAUCACUGAAGACUGAUGCAAUUCAAGCAACAAAUAGGCAGCAACAGUUGUCAGCUAAAGGCAAAGACAAGACCAGACAAAGAGAGGUCAGUAAGGGUAAGAGGAUAUCUUCGAAACCCAAAGUGAUUAACAAACGUGUUCGCCGUCUGUUGACACCAGGGAAAAGAAAAAAAGACAAUUCGGCAGAAGAAACCAAGAUACGUACUAAAGUGAAAACUUUCUCCAAUGCUGGUUUCAUCAAAAAAAUUUAUGGAAAUAAAUCAAAAUCAGCAAAAAGCACAAUGAAGCUUGAAAAGAGACCAACACAAAAAGGGGACGGGGGUUUUACAACAAAGAGCUCACAACCAUCGCAUGACACAAACACAGAAACAACACUAAAUGAAAGUUCAAGUGAGACCAUUUCUUUAGAAACAAGCAGGCUGAAUGUUUCCUGGAACGAAGUGAGCCAACCAAGGGGAAAACUAACAAGGAAGACAUCAAUGCAUCAGGGAAAGAAGAAUGAAAACAAGUUCUGUGAUAUCAACAAAAGCAAAGUGCUGCCUGCUUGUAUCUCCCCCAGCUCUGUUACGAAUGAAUAUGUACAGAACUGGCUGGAGAAAGUCCCCCUUAACCCCACUUCCUGCCCAGAUGAGGAAGCAAGUAUUCUUGUACAAACAGAAAAUGGCAUGUGUGGGCAAUCAGAAUAUAAUCAUGGGUUGAUUGCUGUUGUGGAGGGGGGGAAGUUUCCUGAAGAUGAAUCUGUAAUACAACUGUGUCAAAUUCUCAAAUCUGACCCACUGCCUGAGAGUUCGUUGGGAACCUCUGUCAAACUGAGAAUCCAGGGUUUUGAAUACAAAUCAUCAAGUCCUUCAGUGGAGAAAACUACAUUGACUCAGGGAGAAGGAAUUGCUCCUAGUCAUACCACCAUUACAAAUACAGCGAACUGCACCAACAUAGUUCAGAAUAACACAGAAGAAGUAAAACCCCUCUUUAAUGGUGUCUGCCAUCAAAUUAAUCCAGGCACUACAUUGGAAAAUAUAUCAGGCCCUUCCAAUACAAUUUCAAUGGAGUUUCUGCCGCCACCACCAUCACCACCACCAGCUGAAAUGACAGAGCUAUCAAACAAUGAAUAUUGCAUGAUGAAUGUAUCUUCAGUGGCAAGCAGCCCAUUAUACAGGCUCUCAUCAGUGAGCAGUCAAAUGUCAGAUAAUCAUCCAUUGUCCAUAAGUCCUACAUCUGACAAGGCCAUAUCACCCACAGACAGAGCAAUGGAAACAACAACAUCACUUCAGUUGGACAUUCCUGCCGUGCUGAGAGAAGCACAAUUACCAAGAACUCCAUCUAUUAAAAGGACCCCUUUGGUCAGCAAUUUAUCUCUUGAAAGGAAAAUGUCUCUCAGAAAGGCUUCUCUCCAUAAAUAUACUUUAUUUUCUGAUGUCACCGCUUCAUCUACACCCAUCAUGACAGCAGGUGAAGAUGACAAUGUCCUGACAAAUAGCUUCUGUUCAACAGGGACUCAUCUGCCAACGAUAAACACACAGAUAUCCAACAUCAUCUCAGAUCUGAAAAGUAGCCAACCAUGUUGUACUUCUGCAUCUCCUACUAGUGUAACAUCUGGAGACAGAAUAUCAUCUGCCAGCAUUUCAUCAAGUGAGACUCCAACGCCAAGUGAUAUUCAAAAAACACAAUUUCUAACAAAGAAAGAAGAAUCAUCACCUAAACCACUGAUGAAAAAAGGAAACAUAAUAAGUAAUCCAUCUCAAAAGAGAAUACCCCCAACCAAGAAUAUGCCUCCAAAAUUAUCAUCAUUAUAUUACUACCAUUCUGAUAAAACUAUGUCACCAAUCAUUGUAGUACAAGAACAUAAAACACCCACUCCUGGCCCUUCUACUGAGAGAAGGAAGAUGCUUAAUAAGGAUAAAGUGCAAAAGAGACCGUCUCCAUAUUCUCAGUCUCUGGACAUGGUGUCACCACCUGCCAGAAACAAGUCAAAUAGAAAGAUGCUCUCCAGAAACCUUUCCUCAGACAAUGCAACAGAGCCUGAAAAUGAGACAAAAAGGAAAACGUCAUCCCAAAGAAAACACCACCAAAAACCACAGUCAAUAAAAUCAACAGCUGAACAAAACAAAACACUGAUCUGUGACACCCUCAUGCAGGAAGCUAGCCAGAUUGAAAAAAAUAAGGCAAAAAAGAUAGAAUACCUUACAAAUGCAGAUCAAGAAAAAUCUGUGACACAAACACAGUUAAUGCCACAGCCAAUAAACAUUGCUAACCAGUCAAACAUGAAACCUGUACUUGAUCAAAUUUGCUACUCAAUAAAGUCAAUAAGACAAAUCACACAAAACAAACAUCCAUCCUGUUUGGAGAAGUCCAAUAGCCUGCCUGACUUCUCCUCUCAUGUAGCCUCUACAUUUGGCUCAUCAUCUAAAGCUCUCCUUGCUUUCUUGUCUGUCAUGACCCUAAAGGAAGGCAAAACUAACUUUAACAAGGAUGAAAUAAUUGCAAACAAUUUCAGCUGUGCUGAGGCUUUAAAAAUAAUUGAUUCUCUCAGAGAAAUUGCCAGCAUUGAGGAUUCCCACAAGUUAAAAGCUAUGUUGACAAAUUUACAGUGUUCAACUUCGAAGCAGCUCCUGCAAAGUUGGAGGAGCUUUCAGGAACUCAUCGACAAAUGCAACAGUCGCAGCUCAACAUCAAAUUAUCCCCAGCAAGAGCUCAUAACUAAUGCUAGUCCAGAAAAUGACUGCGGCAUUGAAGAAAAUGUUAUUGAUCAGAUCAUAGAUAACCUUGACAUACCCGAGAAGCUCAAGGAAGAACUGGGAUCUCUUUCAGUGGAAGUCAAAACUGAGAGUGACGAUAAAGAAAAUAUUCCCACCAGGUUCAUCGACAAAGUGGAACUGUCACAAAAAGAUAACAGAGUUUCCACAGUAUCUCAUUGCUCAACAGAAGAUGUUGUUAAUGUCAGGUUUCUUUCUCAAGAUAAAGCAAAUAUUGACGUGAGGUCAAUCAUUAAAAAAUUCUCAAACAUUAAACAGUCAAAACAAUCUGACAUGCACACCGUUCCCCUGAUAACAGAGACAGUGAAACACAAACCAACUUACCAGGCACUUAAAAGCAUGGACAGUCAGUAUGAGCAGAGUGGUGUGGCCAAAAGUCCACCAGCUGAAUCUAACGAUAUACAGAUACCCGAAGUAAAAUUAUUAUCUGUGGAAGAGGAAAUACGGGCCUUGAAUUCAUGUAAGGAAGAAAAUCUAAGAGAGAGAAAACAGCAUCAAGGCCACAUUAAAGACAAAUCAAAGCAAGAAACGACAAAUAUGAAUGGAGUAAUAAGCAGCAAGAACAAUCUUGAAAACAAGAAUUCUGAAAUUAGGAAGCUGCAGAUGCAAAGUGAGGGGAGCACGAGUAUCCCUGAGAAUGAGAUCAGCACUGGUGAUGAGUCAGGUGCAGUUGAGGAAGGGCAGAACAUUCCUAGUGCGCCAAAAGAUGUGGAACAGAUACAGAGCUGUAAGCAAAGUAUAUCCAGUUCAGAAGAGGAACAAGCUGAAUAUGAGAAGAUAAAACAGGACAGAUGUGAACAAUUCGAGGAGGAGGAGGACAAGCAACCAAGAUCUAAUUACUAUGUGGAGCUGAAUGUAAACCGGAAGCAGAGCAUCUCCAGCCCAGAUAGUCAAAACCAAUCAUUGACAGAAGAAGAACAGCCAGAGGAACCCGACAUUCAAAAAUCAUGUAAGGAAUUGAAUGUCAGUGUUGACGAAAACACUGGUACCUCAGAUGUGGAUGAGCCAACUUCUUCAAAGGAAGGGCAGUCGAAAGUUGAACAUAAGGAACUAAAGGUUAGAACUGAGGAGAGCUUGCCUGGCACUGAAGAAGAGAAGGGGAGCAUUAACGAGAAGGAACACCUUCAUGAUCUGCCAGAUCCCAAGGAAGCAAUGGAACUAUGUCAAAAGCUAAAGGCUUUGAUUGAAGAGACAGAGGAGGACAAGGUUAGCUCAGAGGAUGAGGACCUCCAUACUCACAAACAAAUCAGUGAUACAGAAAAUCUGGAUACCGUACACAGAGAUUUAAGCUAUAUGAUAGAAAAACAGGAUUCAUAUACCAAAAAAGACAACAGCAGCUGGUUAAAGUCUAACAGCAUAGCCAAGUGUUAUAGAUUUCAAGCAGAUGAGGACAGUGGGAAUGACCACUGCAGUUGUGAAGAGCAACCGGAGAUGGAGCAGCCAAAUAUUGCAGAAAUCGGGAUUUCAAUCAAAGAAGAAUUUAGCUACUAUGAGAAAGAGUCCACCUCAGAGAAGGAAGAAGAAUACCGGGAGGGUCCUGCAUCAACAACAAAGUUCGGAGACACCAAAUCUGAAAAGGUUGUGGAAAUAGUCACACAUCAGUCUGAAGAAAUAAUUUCCCAGUCUGUUCCGGAGAGGGUGAACCUUCUGGAACAGCAAGUUGCAGAUGCUCAGAGGAGAAAACAUGUCAUUGAAAGUCAUAUCAGAAAAGUUUCUCAAAAGAAUGGCCACAUGGAGACAGAUGUUGAGGAGUCACCCUCUGAAUGCUCCCGAUCAGCUCCUCAGUCGUCAUUAUCUUUCAGCUACGAUUCCAGUGGAAUGAUUACCACGGAGCCUGAAGGCAACAGGGUCAGAUCCAUCAGGGAAAUGUUCUUAGCGAAGAGUGCCACAGACAUUAAGCAAGGACACAGACGUUUCCCAAGCCCAAGCGCUUCAGAGCUGUCCGAGUUAAGAGCAGACACCUCAGCUAGCGGCGGCUAUCAAUCUCAGACUUCAAUUGAGCUGUCCAGUGUUGAAGAUGAUUCAGCACGGAAAUCCAUCACUAAAGGCUUUGUGAGGAGAACAAUUGAAAGGCUUUAUGGCAAGAAAGAUGUUAAUCCUGAUGAGAAGGGAGGUGAAAGACCCCCCUCUGCACCUAAACAGAAAAAGAAAGAACAUUCAGGCAUGUUCUCUCCUUUCCACACGGCGAAAUCCAAAGCAAUGACUGAGUUGUCUUAUUUCAAUUCCACUGAUGCCCUGGACACCUUAGGUGAAGCAACAAGGUGCAUUGCUUUUAAUGCACAAGUUGGGCCUGGAGACAUUGUUCCCAUCGACAAUGGACGAUGGCUCCUUAGACAGAACACAUUGAUCAGAAAAUCUGUUUCAGACCCAGUGGGAAUAAACAAAGCACUCACGAACACAAACACUCCCCUGGGCGAGGGGACGUGUGAAGAUAUGGACCAGAACGACCCGUGUUCACUCUUCAGGACAACGUCCGAACUGGAAGAUAAGACAAAUUCACUUUCAAGAAAGUGUACCUACUUUUCUUUACCACACGCGAGUGACUCUGAUGUGUGUCAGGAUGAUGACAGCAUCACAAAAGAAAAAGACAACUCAGAAGAGACCAAAGCGUGGACAGAGAGGAACGGCAAGCUGCCCGCUGUUGGUGUUACAGAUUUUAAAAUGAUGGAUAACAAAGUUCACCCACUGAUAGAGGUUCCAUCUGAUGGGGAGGUCGUAGUGGUGCAGCCUGGGAGAGGUCAAGGAGUUAUGAACAGGAGGCUUCAGGAGCCUGAUAUGUUGGACUUACUGUACAAUUUUUGUGGUUCGCACUGUCCCAUCCUAUAAGGACAUUUCAUACAAAACAAGGACAAAGGACCUUGUUUGUCUAAAAUAAGUGUACAUUAUUAGGCUACAGUAUAUGAAGGUAUUUUUGGUGCCUACACUUUGAUGUUGCCAUAGCCUUGGCAUAUUACACUAUCAUAUGUGAACUCACUUGAGCUAACUGACAAAUGCUUAAAAAUGUCACACACACAAGCCAAUGGAUUAAAUGUAUUUGUCAUUUCAAGUGUAAAAAUAGUAAAUGUUUUUUUUUGGUACCACCUUGAUUGUCUGUUUGCCAUGCACACUCCAGAGCAGCUCUUUUCGUCUUAUAGGUUGCCUGGCAACAGAACAAACACCAAGAGCAUUACCAUAAUCUUGUUUUGAAACUAUUAAAACAGAUCAAGUCCCCGCAGAUGUCAGGCAACAAGGCCAAUCCCCACUGCACCCAGUGAACGGGUCAGUUUGUGGUCAUAGAUCAGGUUGCCCCAGAGUUCAGGUCUAAGUGUGCCCCCCCUACAGUUAAAAAAAGCAACUGAAUACGAAGCAGGUUUGUCUGAAGAUUAUAGAUUUGUCAGUAAAUACUUAAAUAUUGUUUUGUAUAUUGGCUACGUAAAGUGUAAAGAAGAUAUUGAUUGAUUUUCACUAAACAUAGCUUAUCAUAUAUUCAUAAAAUUAUCUUGAUAAUUAGGAUAAACGGUUUUAUUGUUUACAAUGUGGC